UGACCGCGGCCAGCGACAGUUACCGCUUUAUUUUGGCUAAACGAAAACAGUUUUUAUCAUGAUACCCCCCCCCCCCGAGUUGUGGGCGUGGCCGAGUGGCCCCUCCUCCUUCGGAAGCCGGAAGUAGCAGGCAGAGUUGGGAGAGAGGAGCUGGGAGACAGGAUCAUCACGUGGUAGAAUGAGUGUCCCAGAUUACAUGCAAUGUGCCGAGGACCACCAGACCCUACUGGUGGUCGUCCAGUUUGUGGGGGUCAUGAAAAGUGAGAACUUCUUCAAGAUCUACAAACGCAUCUCGUCGGUGAGUCAGGUGAACGUGGCCAGCUCCCAGCGCACCUUGUACAUCCGUUACCGCCAUCAGUAUCCGGUGGAGAACAACGACUGGGGAGACUUCCAGACUCACCGGAAGGUGGUGGGCCUCAUCUGCGUGGCGGAGUGCGGACAUCCCAACGAGCUGUCCCCCAUAUUCCGCAAAUUUGAGCAAAAUAAAGAAGUCUACAGCUCCACCUUGUACGACUCCCGGCUCUUCGUGUUCGGGCUAAAGGAAGAGCUGGCCGAUAAGUCCCGGCCUGAAGUAGCCCUUUACCCCAGCUAUGAGGACUGUGAGUCCCUAGAGAAACGGGUGGAGGAAUUCAUACAGUCCUUCUUGUUCACUGUAUUGGAGAGUAAAAGGCUGGACCGGACCAGUGAGAAGUCUGGGGAGAAGAUCCCGCUGCUCUAUGUGCCCUAUGAGAAGAAAGACUUUGUGGGGCUGGAUCCGGACAGCAGACAUUAUAAGAAGAGAUGUCAGGGCCGUAUGCGGAAGCACGUGGGUGAUCUGAGUCUGCAGGCCGGGAUGCUACAAGACGCCCUCAUCCAUUACCACAUGGCAGUGGAGCUCCUGAGAGCCGUCAAUGACUUUGUGUGGCUGGGAGCUGCUCUGGAAGGACUGUGCUCGGCGUCUGUCAUCCAUCACUACCCGACAGGGACAGGAGGGAAGAUGGGGACCCGCCGGACACAGAACACUGCCCUGUCUGCUGAUGCUGGGAAAAGGCACAGACCAGGAGCCCAGGAGGUUCUUAUAGACCCAGGUGCUCUUUCCACCAAUGGGAUAAACAUGGAUGCCAGCACGGAGAUUGGACGUGCGAAAAACUGCCUGAGCCCUGAAGAUAUCAUAGAGAAGUACAAGGAGGCCAUCUCUUACUAUGGGAAGUCCAAGGCAGCCGGAGUGAUUGAGCUGGAGGCCUGUGUGAAGGCCGUCCGGGUUCUGGCUAUACAGAAGAGAAGCAUGGAGGCCUCAGAGUUCCUGCAGAAUGUGGUCUACAUAAAUCUGCGCCAGCUGUCAGAGGAGGAGAAGAUCCAGCGAUACAGCGUCCUCUCCGAACUUUACGAGCUCAUCGGCUUCCACCGAAAAUCUGCUUUCUUCAAGCGGGUGGCUGCCAUGCAGUGUGUGGCCCCCACAAUCCCGGAGCCCGGCUGGAAGGCUUGCUACAAACUCCUCCUAGAGACUCUGCCCGGCUACAGCUUAUCUCUCGACCCUAAGGAUUUCAGCAAAGGUGCACAUAGAGGUUGGGCAGCAGUGCAGAUGCGAUUAUUGCAUGAGCUCGUCUACGCCUCCCGGAGAAUGGGCAACCCCGCCCUUUGCGUUCGCCAUCUUUCGUUCCUCCUGCAGACCAUGCUGGACUUCUUGUCUGACCAAGAGAAGAAGGACGUGGCGCAAAGUCUGGAGAGUUACACCUCGAAAUGUGCAGGAACGAUGGAACCGAUUCAGUUACCUGAAGGCCUCACAUUGCCCCCUGUGCCCUUCACCAAGCUGCCCAUUGUGAGGUCGGUGAAGCUUCUUAAUCUUCCCAUUAUCUUGAGGCCGCAGAAAGUGAAGAAUUUACUGGGCCAAAAACUUUCCACAAAAAGUCCCUUCAUCUACUCCCCGAUCAUCGCCCACAACCGCAGCGAGGAGAAGAACAAGAAGAUCGAUUUCCAGUGGGUGCAGGGAGACGUAUGUGAGGUCCAGCUGAUGGUCUACAACCCCAUGCCCUUUGAACUUAGAGUGGAGACCAUGGGACUCCUGACCAGUGGGGUGGAGUUCGAGUCUCUUCCGGCAGCCUUAUCUCUUCCUGCAGAAUCGGGCCUGUAUCCUGUGACUUUAGUUGGUGUACCCAGAACCACCGGGCAGAUAACCGUCAAUGGUUAUCACACUUCAGUAUUCGGGGUAUACAGCGACUGUCUUCUUGACAACCUUCCUGGCCUUAAGAACAAUGGCUGCACAGUGGACGUGAUUCCAGCGUUGCCGAGAUUACAGAUGAGCACCUCUCUACCUAGAUCGGCUCAUGCUCUGCAACCUUCCACCGAUGAUGUAUCCACCCAUGUGUCUGUCCAGCUUUUCAACGGAGAGACCCAGAAGGUUGUGAUUAAGCUGGAGAACAUUGGAACCGAACCUCUCGAGACUUUAGAAGUUUCCUCCAAGACGAUCAAUAACAAAGAAAAACUUUAUGGUGAUUUCCUGAUUUGGGACCUUGAGGAGACGGUUUCCCAGCUGCCGCUGAAACCUGGAAAAACUGCAACUUUCACCGUCUAUAUCAAGGUGAAGCUGGACUUUUCCUGCCAAGAAAACCUUCUACAAGAUUUGAAUGACGACGGCAUCAGUGUCAGCGGCCUGCCAGUGUCCAGUCCCUUCAGACACAUUGUCAAACCCAGAGUGGAAGCCAAACCGCACAACCCUCCCGAGAGCAGCCGGAGCAGCGACUUCAGCCACGUGAAGACCCUUGAGGGAGUUCUAAACUUCAAAUACUCUGGAGGACCAGGUCAUGCCGAGGGUUAUUACAGGAAUAUCUCGCUCGGGCUCCAUGUGGACGUAGAGCCAUCAGUGUUCUUCACAAGGGUCAGCACUCUCCCAGCCACCAGCACAAGACAAUGUCAUCUCCUCCUCGACGUCUUCAAUUCCACAGAACACGAGCUGGCCAUCAACGCCAAAGACAAUGAGGAUCUCAUCCUGCACGCUGGAGAGUGUCAGCGGAUGGCCAUUCAGGUGGAUAAGUUCAGCUUUGAGAACAUCUCGGAGCCUUCAGAAGACAACAUGCAGUUUGCCAACCAGAGAGAAAUGGAGGAAGAGCGGCAGCAAGCGAAGGGUCUGGAGAUAAACAACAAGCUGGACAUCCGCUGGAAGAUCUCAUCAUUGAAGCGUGAAGGCGAGGCGAGCGUGGAGGGCGUGCUGAAUCAGCUCAUCCUAGAACACUUGCAGCUGGCUCCUCUACAGUGGGACGUCUUGGUGGACGGGAAACCAUGUGACUGUGACAUCAUAGCGGACUGUAAAGUUGGCGACCCCAUACACCUGGAAGUCAAGCUGACCAAUGGCAGCAGCAGCACCGUGGGCCCGUUCGCCCUUUCCGUCAUCCCGUUCCAGGAUUACCAGAACGGAGUCCAUAACUACGACCUCAAAAACAUUGUUACAUUCGUUGGCUCCAACACCUUCUUCAUUGGCUCCGUUCAGCCUACGGAACAUUCUGUCUGUGUGGGUUCUCUGCUAUUUCUCUACACUGGAGAUUUUUACCUGGACAUAAAGUUUCAGGAUGAUAACUCUGGUCGGGAGUUGCCCCUGUCUUGGUUUUGCCUCCCCAGUGUUCACAUACGAGCCAUCGACACCAUCAGUGAAACCCACUUCUGAGGGAACCUUAUGGCGACCACGUCUGGUUGGAUCAUUUUGUUUCUUCCUAUAAAUAAAUAUGAGAUAAUAAACCUUAAUAGUCAGGUGUAUCUACAUUACACAAGAAAAUGCUGAGACUGUACUGUGAAGGUCCUGACCGCAAAGCAUUAUGGGAGUCAGACGGAUUUCCUCUUCCUAUGGUAACACUCCGAGAAGUCUCCACAUUGAGAUUUUUUCUUCUCUAUAAAAAUGUAAUAUUUUCUUUUCUUUAUGAAUGAUUCAUCCUAAUUCUCACGUUUACCUUUAAAAUGAUUUUAGACAACAAACGAACCAACACCUGACAUUUCCUUCCAGUGGAGCUGGAAAAUUGACGCUUUUCGGACAUUUCAUGUAGUUGACGCUGGGACUGUGAGCCCUAAAACGCGUCAGUGUUCUUUACCGAUUCUCCAUGUUCAGAGUCCCAUAAUAUAUGUGACAUUCGGUAAGCCAGGGGUUGGUGUCCAUUAAAGGGGUACUCCACUCCCCAUUGAUUUUUAUGGGAUAGAGGAACUGAUGUGUUGGGGGUUGUCCUGUCCCUCUCCCAGUGGCAGAUGAUGGGUUAAGGAUCGGGCAUUUUGAUUACCAAUGUGUCUGCUCUUUCAUUCUUGCUAUAACAGCUUAUUACCCACUGGAAAGACAUAUGCUUGGCCAAACCAUGUGCCCCUGUCUAUGGGGAAACACAUGCUCGUGUCUAUGGGGUAAUGAAGACGAAUUACUAACAAAAAAAAUCUAUGAGCGCCUUUAUUCUUACUACUUGGACCAAUCAGACAGAGAAUGGGCUCAGUGAAUGUCCUGAUGCCCGUCGUGUACCCUUCAGUGAUAAAUUACCAUAGCCCCUCAUACAGUAUUCUUUUGGCUGGUCCAUUUGGGGUGAGUUUAUUUACCUUUCUCUAGUUCUAUGGAAAGUCGAGUGAUUGGGGCAACUGUGACAUCGCGUGGGCGCAAGUGGUUUUAUGGUUUGUCAACGAUGGACACAUCUGUACAUUAUCCCUUAUUUGAUUGUAUUACGUAAGAUCUGAAAUAAAGCUAAAUUGAUUCAUUGUA